CCGCCCGAGAUCUUCGGGGCUUUCCCGGCCCACUUGGGGCACCCCCACGCCCCGCAGCCCCCCCUGCUGGCCGGGCACCUGGGCAGCAUCGGCAGCCGCAAGAGGAGCGUCAACAUGACCGAGUGCGUCUCCGUGCCCAGCUCGGAGCAUGUGGCUGAAAUCGUGGGGAGGCAAGGGUGCAAGAUCAAAGCGUUGCGGGCCAAAACCAACACCUACAUCAAGACCCCCGUGCGAGGGGAGGACCCGGUCUUCAUCGUGACGGGGAGGAAGGAGGACGUCGAAAUGGCCAAGGGCGAGAUCCUCUCGGCCGCCGAGCAUUUCUCCAUGAUCCGAGCCACGCGGAACAAAGCCGGCGGCACGGGGGGCUCGGCCCUGGGGCCCCCCAACCUCCCGGGCCAGACGACCAUCCAGGUGCGCGUCCCUUACCGAGUGGUGGGCCUGGUCGUGGGUCCCAAGGGGGCCACCAUCAAACGGAUCCAGCAGCAGACCCACACGUACAUCGUCACCCCAAGCCGGGACAAGGAGCCCGUCUUCGAGGUGACCGGCAUGCCCGAGAACGUCGACCGGGCGAGGGAGGAGAUCGAGGCCCACAUCACCAUGCGCACCGGAUCCUUCGUCGACCUCAACGCCGAAAACGACUUCCACUCCAACGGCACCGACGUCUGUCUGGACCUCCUGUCCGGAGGCCCCUCCGGCCUGUGGUCGAAAGCCCCCAACCCGGCCCGCCGCGCCCUCCCCGGCCUCCGCAGCGAGGCUCCCCCGGCGGAGACCUAUUUCGGCGGCCCUGUUUCCGACGGAGCCCCCGGCAGCCCGUUCGGCUCCGGCGGCUUCCCCUUCAGCGACGCCCCUGCCGGCGCACUGGGCUCGGACGACGGCGACUUUGCCUUGGACUUCCUCCCCUUGGAGCUGGCGGCGGCGCCCGCCCGCAUCUGGUCUCCGUUCGAGCCCCCCGCCGACCCGCACCAGGCCUUCAGCCGGUCUUCCUCCUCGUCGCACAGCGGCGCUUCCCAGCGGCGCAAGAGCACACCCCGGCAUUCGCCCACCUUCCCAGAGGCCUCGGCGGCCCUGGAGCACCCCCUCGCCCGCCGUAUCCCCAGCGACCCGGUCAGCGCCCUCCCCUGGCUUCCGCCGCCCCCACAGGGCUCCCUCUCGUCGUUCUCCAGCAGCACGGGCUACUCCUCUUCGUCGUCGCUGCCCGGGAGCCUCUCGGCCGCCUCGGGGUCCCCCACCGACUCCACCGGAUCCGAGGGCCCCCGCAAGCCUUCCCGCGAGUGCAUGGUUUGCUUCGAGAGCGAGGUGAUCGCCGCGCUGGUGCCCUGCGGCCACAACCUCUUCUGCAUGGAGUGCGCCAUGCGAAUCUGCGGCCGCUCCGAUCCUGAGUGCCCCGCCUGCCACACGCCCGCCACGCAAGCCAUCCACAUUUUCUCGUAGGCGC